CACUCAGGGAGGAGGCACAGCAGAAGAGUGGCUGCGUGCACAGCAUGGUCUACACUAUGGAGUAGAGAGUGCUGAGAGCCUCCAAGGGCUGCCCGUUGACCAGUACAGCAUGCUCUAUAGGGUGGCUCUCCCCUCUGUCUCCUACUCCCAGACUAGUCUACACCCAGUGUUAAGCCAUAUCUCUCCAGCUUACACUGUCCCCUCAUCUCUCCUACAGCAUCAUCCAGGGAUCUCCUAUCCCCCUCUAGGCUAUGCCCAGAUCCCCCACUCCUCUUUCCAGUUUGUCUCCCCAUACGGUGCAGUCCCUUAUGCAGUUCCCCCUGGCUUUGUCCCCAGCUCCCUGAUCUCUCCCUCGGGCACCCUCUCCCAGCCCCACCUGGUCCCCUACCAGUCAGUCAUCCAGGAGGGGGUGGUCUCCCCUCCUACCCAGGCCCAUGUAUCUGCCCAUGCCUUUGCAAAAGUGGGGUCGUCUGGAGGUGUCCCGCUGAUGCUGACCUCGGAGCAGGCUGCCCAGCACCAGCAGCACCUGGGCGCGCUGCCCGCCGCAGAGCUCAGUCCUCGGGAAGUGCCAGUCUUUUACCACUCUCAGGGCACCAGGGCUGCGCCUGCCCCCUGGGACCCCUACAGCGGGGAGCAGGAGACAGACAGGGAUAGAGAGUUGAAUGGAGGGGAGAGGGAGCAGGCAGCCAGGGAGAUGCUCCAGGACUCAGUCUACAUUGCCAGAAAUGCACGGCUGCUGCAGGCAGCAUCCGCCUCUGUAGCACUGGAGCACGCACAGGACAGAAGCCUGAAGAGCCGCAGGCUGGACGAGAGGGCUUCGCCUGGGCAGCGCAGCACCCCAGACACUGACCUGGAGGUUCAGCAGGUCGUUGGUCGCCUAGCCUCUCCUGUCCAAGGUGUGAGUGGAGGCCGCAAAGAGGUGUCCUUUGGUCCCCUGAACCUAUCCCAGGGCUCUCAGAGAGGCAGAGAGGCUCAUGGGGAGGCAGGUGAGAGUGCUGGCCGGACAGCGUACGCGAUCCACCCUGCGGUGUAUGGAGACCCCCGAAUGACGGCCCAUCAACAGCAGGCAGGGCAGCCAGGCCACGCGGUCAUCUUGGCCAAUGGACAGACAGUCCUGGUCCCCUUAGACUAUCACCACCUCCCCCACCAACAUCAACAGCCACCCCAGCACUACCCCAGCCAGACCAAUGAUGACACCUCUGCUGUCACCAUGGCCUCCCCCACCCCCACCCCCUACUCUAAAGCCUCUGAGUCUCCAGCCAGAGUGGGCCUCCCAGACAGGGCUGUGGUGGAUCUGGCCGCCGUGGAGCAGCACCCCCAGCAGCCUUUUUCUGUCCCAGUCACGGCAGCCCUCACGCAGGCCCUGGUGCCCACCCCUGCCCCCUCCAAUCCCUCCCAUUUCAUGAAGGGGGCCAUCAUCCAGCUAGCCACGGGGGAGCUGAAGCGCGUGGAGGACCUGCAGACUCAGGACUUUGUGCGGAGUGCUGAGGUGAGCGGGGGGCUGAAGAUCGACUCCAGCAUGGUGGUGGACAUCAGGACCAGCCAGCAGAGACCCGGCCUGGUGGCGCUGCACUUCACAGUUGGCGAGCAGCAGAGCAAGGUGACCAUCGACGUGCCCCCGGAGCACCCCUUCUUUGUGUUUGGCCAGGGCUGGUCCUCCUGCAGCCCAGAGCGCACGGCCCAGCUCUAUGGCCUGGCCUGCCACCACCUGCAGGUAGGAGACGUGUGUGUGUCCAUCACUCUGCAGCAGCCGCCCCAGCAACAGAAACAGCCCCUGCAGCAGCAACAACAGCAGCAGCAGCAGCAGACCCAAGCCAGGACUUCCACCAAAGCCAACUCCACAUCAGGGGCCAUCGGCCAGCCCAUGGGGCCCCCUGCCCCCCAGCAGCCCAGGCCACAGCCUCACUUCAGGAUGGAACGCAUCCACAGAGAGAGGGAGAGGGGGGAUAAAGAGGAGCCCAUGCAACUAGGGGGUGUUGGGCAGAGUGAGAUGCCUACCAGACCAAAUAGGACUUCAGCAGAGCACACUAGGAGCCAGAGCAGUUACUAUUUGCACACGGAGGGUUCUGCUCGUCCAGGGGCGGGGGUGGGAGUGGUGUCGACAGUGUCGAGCGCGUCUCAGAGGCGCUGGUCCGCCCCUGGCCUUCAGAGAUGCAUGAAGGUGGAGGAAGGGGCGCACCCUCAGCUGGGCUCCUCUCGACCCUCCUUCAUCCCACAGGAGGUCAAACUGUCCAUUGAGGGGCGCUCUAACGCUGGGAAGUAGCACCAACCACAGCACAGAAGAGACUGUCAGAGGAGUGAAAACAUCAGAAAGGGGGAAAGGGGGAGUGGGAAUGUAGCCUCAGAAUGUUUGAUAUUUUGCACACCUAAUAAGAUUACAAGCUCUUUGUUUUCAGAGGAACUACCUGGUCUUGUGGCUGGUCAGGUCCGCUCUAUUUGGCAGUCAGUCAGGACAGCUCCUGGUCCAGUGAUCAGGAGAUUGGGUCUCUGCUCUCCCAGGCUGACAGGGAGCGGAUGCAGAAGCAGGGAGUGUAUGUAGCUGGUGAAUCACCUACCAAAGUCCUCAGACUGCAUCUUCCUUCCUUCCUCCCUACCGCCCUACCAACCCCUCAGAACCAUCCUUAUCGCAGGUGAACCAACCCUCAGAACCAUCCUUAUCGCAGGUGAACCAACCCUCAGAACCAUCCUUAUCACAGGUGAUCGCAUUCACUGGACUUUCUCUCUUCUUUGACCAAACCAUCUCUGGAAACCCAAGACUGGGGAGAAUAUAUAGCCCAUGUCUGGUAGACAGACACAGGGUCUGACAGUGACAAGAACAUAGCUAUCCUAUUAUGCUCUGUCUCUCCCCACAUUUCUAUUUUCGUCUGUUACCUUCAAAAGCGUUCUCCAAAAAGAAGAAAAGACUAAAGACACACUUGCGGUGCUGAAUUGCUGGUAUCGGCACAUAGAUGCUUUUCCCUCUAAUGAUGUUGGUUCUCUUGAUGCAGACUCUUGACGUGUGUCAUCGUCACUUAGUGUGCUUCUCUAGUAGGAGCAGAGGACUUCUACUAAGGCACAGACACUCUCCCUCAUCUCCCUGCCUCUCCUCGUAGGGCCCAGUCUGAGAGGGUCUGAGAGGAGGGCAGGCAGCCUUAGAGGUCUUUCAAUCAGCUCCUUCAAUCAACCAAUCAGAACCUAGGAAACCGCUCACUCCUUUCGUAAGGCACCAACCACGCUUCCCCGUUUUUCAUUUUACACCCCAACCCCACUUUGUGCCACGGUUACAUGUCAGUUUUCCUUUCGAAAGAAACCAAAAGAGAUCAUGCAUUCCAGCAUCAUAGUGAUUAUCAGAGUGACCACAAGACAACACUUAUCUUCCCGAAUGCAGCCCUUCCUGCCUGCUAUACCUCUCAGCAUUCCUCUGGCUUGUGACUGUUUACUGUAUUGUAUUAGUAGGCACCACUACUGGAGGCACGGGCUGGUCUCCACCAAUGUCACCUGUGGGAAUGAUGCCUGUAUGGAGCAGUACUGGCUGCAGGCAACUGGCAUGCUCAGGCUGCAGCCCGUCAUGGACGGUGAGGGCCAGAGAGUGAAACCUCCCCAUAGAGCCAUGUUGGCCCUCUCAGUGCAGCAGCCCCUGGGCCUAUGAGGGGGAACCCUGUGUGUGUUGGAGGGGAUGAAGUUGGACCUGCUUCAUACCUUUUUCACACUAUUGUCCCAACACAAACUGGGGGGAUCUUUUGGCUUGCUUUCCAGUGAAUAUAAUUGGUUUAAGGUUAGCCUGCCAUUUUCCAGCCUGGUUUAGGUUGUUCAUAGCUAGCUAACUAUGUGCCUCUGCUCGUUUAAAAGCAGGAUGGCACUAGAUAUGAUAUCUGGCCAGGUCAGCUUACACGACGGUGUGAAAUGGGUAUAUGAGACCAGUCAAUCCUUGCUCAGUUACCAAAAUCAAAGCAAUAGUGGCGUUCCUGUUUAUUUGGGGUUUUCUGUGUAUUUUGUUAUUGUUUUUAUAUAAAUAUACAGCUUGCGUAUCAGACCUAAUACUAUCUUUAACCCUGACCUGAAACGUUCCUGCUUUUCAAAGGUGAUGCACAAUUUGUCUCUGAAAUGUUUUGAUCUUUGUAUGGUUAUUACAGAUUCACAAUCAAAGCAUGCCUUUUGAAAUAAUUUUUAUUUAAAAAACCAGGCAUUUCUUCUGGAGAGAAUAGUCUCCUUUUUGAUGGACUGAAGGUUCGGGCUCUGAUCAUCACUGAUAGUAUUCAUUAUGGUUUUAUAUGGUUAACCUAUAUAGUUACUCUAUAUGGUUUUAUUCAAGUGCAUCUCCCAGAGAGGCUUGACUCCAAAUCAAUGGUGAGCAUCUUAACUGUCCUCUGUUUUGUCCUCUCCAUUGUCUUUUAAUCUACUUGUGUACAUGUAGAAUUGUUUUAUUCUGUCCAUGGCAAUAUUAUUUCCAGUUGACCUUAAUAUUGUCUUGUAUUGCACAUAGAAAACUUCACCUGUUGAUUCACACUGACCUUGUAAUGGGAAUUACAAAUAGUUUAUUUUUUUUAUGAAGGGAUUUUUUUGUUUGUAGCUAUUACAUUUUUUGAAGUGUUCUUAAGGUAGUUUUGGCAAUAGAGAAACUGACUUGCAUGGUUGACACUGUUUACAAAUUAGCCAAGAAAAAAUGCUGCAGUUUCCUUUUUCGGACACAGAUUUUAGUCACAAACUUCAAGUGGAUAAAAUCAAGAUGAAGUGCAAUUAGAGCAGAUGUAAAAAUCACCCAGACAUUUAGUUUGAUAUGUCAUUCCAUAAAGCAGCCAGACAUUCAGUUUGAUAUGUCAUUCCAUAAAGCAGCCAGACAUUCAGUUUGAUAUGUCAUUCCAUAAAGCAGCCAGACAUUCAGUUUGAUAUGUCAUUCCAUAAAGCAGCCAGACAUUUAGUUUGAUAUGUCAUUCCAUAAAGCAGCCAGACAUUCAGUUUGAUAUGUCAUUCCAUAAAGCAGCCAGACAUUCAGUUUGAUAUGUCAUUCCAUAAAGCAGCCAGACAUUUAGUUUGAUAUGUCAUUCCAUAAAGCAGCCAGACAUUUAGUUUGAUAUGUCAUUCCAUAAAGCAGCCAGACAUUUAGUUUGAUAUGUCAUUCCAUAAAGCAGCCAGACAUUUAGUUUGAUAUGUCAUUCCAUAAAGCAGCCAGACAUUCAGUUUGAUAUGUCAUUCCAUAAAGCAGCCAGACAUUUAGUUUGAUAUGUCAUUCCAUAAAGCAGCCAGACAUUCAGUUUGAUAUGUCAUUCCAUAAAGCAGCCAGACAUUCCCAUUAGCUUAUGGUAAUUCCAGUUUUCUUUUUUCUUCUAAAAUGUCUUCACUGUUAUGCCUCUUGUCAGAAAGACAUUUCACCUCAGUUUUGUCUAGUUUUAAUGUCUCUGGUCACUUCUGAACCGGUAGUCCUUGUCUGUAAAUUAUGUGUAUUUGUUUUGAUAUCACCUGUGUCACAAGAUGUGCUCCAACACAGAUCCAAGCAUUAAUAUCCCAGGCUCACUGAUACUGUGAGAAGGUAACUGUGUGUUAGAGCAUCUAUCUACUGGCCUGUCUGUACCUGUAUCCUGGGCUUUGAGCUCUGAGGUGAAGACUGGUGAUUGUGUGUGGUGACAUCCCAAUGCCUUCUUACGGACUUGAGUCCCUCAUCCACACUAUUUAUAGACGGCUGUAUCAAAUCUAGUUCAUACACCCCUUCCAACCCCACCACCCUACUGCCUCCAGAACAUUUCUGUUGAGUGGAGCCUCCAAGGACUCACGGUUCACUGAGGAUAAAACCUCAGACAGUCUUUGACAACAAGCCAUGAGAGAAUGUUCCUGAAGGAGAGGGGCGGUCCGUUAGGCCUGAUCAAGGCAGAGUCACAUGCCAUUUGAUACCGUCAUAACAAACAAUCUGUAAUUUUGUUGAAAUAUAAAUGUUUUUAAAUACGAUAGUGAUCAAAUUCCAUACAGAGAUGAGCUGGAGGAUUUUCCACAGUGGAGCAGUAGACAUUUAGCCAUAAACCGCUCAAUACUUAAUUAAUUUUUUACAGUAAUUUACGUUUAUAUAUUUUUUUUAAUGCUAUAAGCAAUACAGUUAAACAGAAUACCUGAAAAUAUGUCAUGUAGUAUAAGGAUGUGCUAUGCAGUAAACUCUGAAGUAUUCUGCUCUUCAGUGACCAAGUGUACCUACUACGGGGUAGGACAGGUUUGUAAUGUAUAUAAGAAGGUGGCUGAUGCAGUCAUUGUACACUGAUCUCUCUGAGUACUAUUGCUUAUCAGUGCCCACCCUUGGGUGUCUGAAUAUAGUGGAUUUAUUUUGUUUUUGUUUGGUAGUUUUUGUUCAGACCCUUAGUUGUCACUAACCUAAGUUCAGCACAGUGUUUUGUUCCAGUCAGCUCAGCCUAUGACCACCACCUUCCGCUGCCAGGCAGUACGGGCCAAAUCAUGACCAGAGAUGGGUAUGCAUGUGUAACUCCAGUUUUUAUGUAAAUCUGUCGUUGACGUCUAUGGAUUUGUGCUGAAAUUCAAAUGAUGUGCAUGGAUAUCCAGUUAGAUUUUGGCCUUAUGAUCUCUCUUGGUCAAGUGUGUAUGUGUUGUGAAUGGGUUGCAUCUCAUGUCCCACCUCCCUGGGGGCUCUUCCAGAAAGCAGGAUCAAUGAGUUAGCCAGCUAACGGUCCCCCAAAAAACAGGAAGAACUGCAUUUUUUUAUAGAAAUAUGAACUUUGACAUUUGUAAUGGUAUAAUUGACUUGACAACCAACAAUCCAUAUUCAGGUUGUUUUCUAAAUAAAAAUUGAGAUUUAUUUGGCUGCUUAUCAAAGUUACCUGGCUAAGGUAAUGAUCCUGCUUGCUGGAACACCCCACUGCUCAUCACUCUUUCCUCCAGAUAUUCUUACUGCAGUAAAAUAUCAUUAACAGAACUCCUCACAUGCACAAACAGCACUUCUGUGUCUUACCACCUCCUCUCCUCCCUUUGCCAUGCCACACAACAUGUGUAUCAAACUCAGUAUUGUGGUCUGGGACAACCAUUCUAGGUGCAAGCAGUGCCUCCUGUUUCUUUACCUCUUCCUCUCUGUCUUGAACACGGUAUGAGGCAGUGGCUGUAUGACCACUCUGACUCUCAGCAGACAGUCAAGUGGACAGGCACAUUAGCAGCACGCCCUCUGUUACACUCAGACUAGCAUCGUUCUCAGACUUCUCCUCGGAGCGUGAAAGUGCUACUUCGGCAGUUUUCUACGUUCUUCUCUUGACUCUAACCAUCGUAAGAAAGGGGAAACAUUUGACCUGUACGUUUUUGACCUCACUCUUCUUAUUACAAUUUUAGUCAAAGAAAAUUGCACUAAUUUGCCAUCCUUUAUAGUAUUAUAAAAUGAACGGUUAGUUAAUUGAAGUUUUUAAUUAUUAGCGCUAAACACAAAACCCAAUGAAACAAUCACUUGACCGUUGUGCAUGUUUGUAGAGAUAAUGUUUUGUAUGGCUAUUAUCAAGCUUGUCAAUAACGCCUUAAGAUCUGCUUUGUACAAUGUGUUAAUGGAAUGAUGCUUAUAAGUGACCCAGUUUCCCUCUUUUUCUGUAGCUGCAAAGGUGGAUUAGUUCACUCUUGUUGUAUUGACCCCCUCUUGGCACACUCCUGGUGUUUUUAUUCAUAAGCAGAAAGGAGAUGGACUGUAUCUCUGGAUAGGGAUAGGUUACAGUGAGGGAUCAUGUUAGGGUGAGUCCCUAUUGCUGCUUGAAAGCUGGACCAGUAACUGACUCACUGUUGUUUUUUUACACACACAUACACACCACCCUCUGUUGUUCAUGUGAGUGGACGUUGGGAGUAGGUCCCUGAAGGUGAGGUAGUGCUCAAUGUAUUUUAGUUCUGGUCCUGUCUGAUCUACAUGGGAGAGAAUGUGAGGCUUUUCAAACCAGUGACAACUUUCCUUUAUUGGUAACUGUAUGGUCUGUUUUUGUUUUGUGAUUAUGGAAAAAGGCUUUAUGACCCUUGUAUAAAGUAGCCCUGUUGGUCUGAUCUUGUAUGACUGAGGUAAAUAGACUGGAUGGGAUGGUGUUGUCGCCAGGCACUAGAGAUUCAGAAUUAAAUCAGGAAGAUGAGAAUGGUUAAAAGUUAAUGGAGUGGUUGGGUAUUUUCAGAUUUUACAUUUGUAUUUUGGCACUAAAGUUACUGCUUUUUACGUGACAUUUGACUAGUUUUAAAAGAAACAGCAUCUUUUUUUAAAAGUAUAAAAUCUGCAAAAUAUAUGCAAUGAUGUAUGUAAUAUUCAAUCCUCAAAUAUAAUCCAGGUUGUAUAAACUUUUGUAUAGUGAGUUUUAAUAUUGUAUGGCCGUACCAAUAUGUAUUGAUUCUUAUCAAAAGCCUUAGUUGUCUACCCAAAGUGCUCCCUUAGAAUACAGUACCCUACACCUACCUGAACUUUACAAAGCAUUAAUAACUAUAUUUUGUUGCGUUUUUUAUUUUUAUUUGUACCCUUUUUGAAUAAAAUAGAUUUGUACUGUAUAUUUGUACCGCUGUGAACAACUUAAGGCUGUUUUGUUUUUGUUUUGCUGUUUUAAUUCUAUGUACUUAAGGACACAAAGAUAUUGUAUUUUUAUUGUUACAGCUAACUUCUUGGAGACAUUGCAUUUAUCAUGUUUGUUAAGUAAACACAAUAAUAUAUAUAUAUAUAUAUAUACUUACUAUUA